AAGAUGCAAUGCAUCGUUUCUUUAAACCAUCUUCUACCAACUGAGCCUAUAUAUAUUGGCACCAAGCAAAGACUCAUUAAGCAUUAGUCAGAACAUUUAAUCAUAAAUCUUCUUGAUUAUGGGUUUGCCUUUUCUUGUUGUGUUAUUUUCAUUGGCAAAGAUUGUCUUAGGAGUAAAGUAUAACAUUACCAGUUUACCAGGUUAUGAUGGUGAACUUCCAUUCAAUCUUGAAUCCGGAUAUGUUGGUGUAGAAAAUGACACUGCACAAUACUUCUACUUAUUUGCUGAGUCACAAAGGAAUUCUGCAGAAGACCCUAUUCUCUUUUGGAUCACUGGUGGCCCUGGUUGCUCUAGUCUCAGGGCAUUUUUCCUUUCACAUGGUCCUGUGAAGCUUGAUACUGAUAACUACAGUUGGGAUGGAAGCUUGCCAAAGCUUCUGUUAAAUGGCUAUGCAUGGACAAAGGGCCUUAGCAUAAUAUAUUUUGAUGGACCGAUUGGAACUGGAUAUUCCUAUGGAACAACAGCAGAAAUUUAUGAAAGUGGCGAUUCCAUAUUUGUUAAGCAAAUCUAUGAAUUUCUACAGCAGUGGUUGCUGGAACAUCCUCAAUUUUCUGAAAACUCAUUUUACUUUGGUGGUGAUGGAUAUUCUGGCAAUUUGAUUCCAGUGGUUACACAAACAGUUCUAGAUGGCAAUGAAGCUGGAAAUAUCUCUUUCUUGAAUAUUAAGGGUUAUAUGCUUGGAAAUCCUGGAGCAGAUUUUAGCAUUGAUUUCAAUGGAAGACACACUUUUGCUAACCGAAUAGGAUUUGUACCGGAUGAACUCUACGAGGCUGCUGAUGAGUCUUGCAGUGGAAAUUUCACAAACCCACCAAAUGAUGUUUGUAAGACACUUGUGGAUGCUAUGUCAGAGCUAACCAGGAACAUUAAUCCUGUACAAGUUAUAGAGCCAGCUUGUAAAAGUGUACCAAAUUAUCUCAAGCUGCCACAAAUUGGCGAACAAUCUGCUCGAAGAUAUCUCGAACAAAACCCCACUCAUCCUUUAUCUGAUCCUCCUACUUUUUGGUGUCGUAAAUAUGAUCUCCAGAUCCUUUCAAUCUGGGCAAACGAUGAGACUGUCCAAGAAGUUCUUCAUGUUCAUCAGGAGGAUCCGGGCACGCCUCACUUCUGGCAAAGCUGCAAUGACUCGAUUAUAGUUGGCCCUGCUUAUACUGAGAAAGCCUCAAGUGUUGUCAGCUAUUACAAUAACUUAACCAACACCAACCUAAAAGGUUUGAUAUAUAGUGGUGACCAUGACAUGGAAAUUGCGUAUUCUGCAACACAAAAAUGGAUAUGGAAACUCAAUUUGACUCUCGAGGAAUCAUGGAGAGCUUGGUCUGUUAACAAUGAAACUGCAGGAUAUGUAAGGUUCUUCACUAAUGGUGAUUUCAAUUUGACAUUUGCAACUGUGAAGGGAGCUGGUCAUUUUGCUACUGAAUACAAAGCUGAAGAGUGUUUUGAAAUGGCAGAAAGAUGGUUGGCUAAUGAAAGUCUUUAGAGAUUAAUUAGCACUAAUUAUGUACUUAAAGUGGUGUAAUUUCCACCUUAUUUUGCUAGCUUGGAACUAUUUAGCAGCUCACGUAGAUGCUGAAAAUAAAAUGGAACUUUUAGGAUUCCUGCAUUAAUAAAAAUUCGAACCAAACUUAUCUAGAAUGGUUUUUUA